AUGUAGAAAACCGGGUCCGCCAUUGUUCGAAGUCGGCUGUUUUAUGGCCGUGCCUUCGCCCAAAUCGUUAAAAUUCUCGCGCAGAAAGCAGUCACUGUUUAAUUGAGGAGUGUUUGUAAUGAUCUGAAAGCCCCCCGGGUCGAGGCGGCCGUCCCAAGUCCCAGCACGGAGUGCCAAAGUUCGACAGUCAACAGUGUGUUAUUUCCCAAACAUCGAUUCAACCUUUCGAAUUUGUGCGGUUCCUUUAUUAUCACUUGAGGACCCGUUGUAAAACCCAACAAAAGCCCCAACUGACGUCGGGAUUAUAUAAAUUGUGAUUUAUUCGUUUAUUAUUUGUGACAGCCACGAAUUCGGGCCGUUUGGGCGCCCAGUUUGUUUCAGAUUUUUAUGAAAAAACUUCUAGCCUGGACACCAGGCGCUCGAACUUUUAUGCAAAACAUAAUAAAUUGAAGUAAGGUUCUCAACUUGAGUAUUCUUCACUCUCGCUACUAUGCCACCAGACUGAGCAAGUACUUUGUGCAUCUGUCAAAAUGUCGGGAGGCCCUCCUCAUCAUCCCCACAGUAGGCCCGCGCCUCCAACAAAUCCCGCCUGGAACCACCUUCAAGUACCGAACUAUUUCCCAAGUCGGCAACCUCAACUCGCUCACAUGUCAAAUGAACAUUCCCUUUUACAUCAACCAACUUGGCACACGCCAACUACCGAACCGAUGAAAACCAUGCCGACUUCGCAUAUUUUCGGCCUGGAACAGAUGCUGAACAGAUCCGGUGUGGAUUUAUCAGUGACUCGAAACGGCAGUCAAAACGGCGAAAUACUCACAACUCCGAUUAGUUUAAGUGUGCGCGAUACGAAUAAAAUCAACAGUUUACCGGCGAGUGCUUUGGACAUACAACCCGUUGAAGUGAAAAACGUCAAACCGAUCAGUCCGGAUUCGAAAAAAAAUUCGAAAAAACGUGUUGAUUCGAUAUUGGAGAGACUCAAUCCGAAUCUCGAGAAAACGAACGACGAGUGUGAAACGAGGAGUGUGAUUGUACAAGCGAGUUCGCAUGACGAAAACAGUAAUUCUAGUAGUAUUUUAAACGUACCAACGCCCACCAACGACGAAGUUGUUUCGCCCUAUAGCAAUGAAGAUAGCUUAGAUAGCAAUAAGUCGAGGAGGAAACGGAAACCGAGCAAAACAGUACGUGUGACGAAAGAGGAACUUCCAGACCAAAGCACUGUCAAAAUCGACGACAAUGAAGAAGUAAGUGAAGAAAAGAAGAUUCCCGAAAGGCGGAGAUCGUUCGAGGAAGAAGUACCUGCGAAAACUCGACGGAAAACUUCCUCAGAAUCGGAAACUAUAGACAAUAUAGCAGCUAUGGUUCAAGAAAGCUUAAAAACGAAACCUGAAACCAGUGAGGUCACACACGACUCAAAAGCAGUCUCAGUUAGUGUGAUCAAAACGAAUGAAAAUAUGCAAGAAAGUGACUCGACAACAGCACCUAAAAAAGCCACCAAUACGCAAUUUGUCGAAGUUGAAAACAAAUUAGAAGAAAUGUUUGCCGGUAUUGAAGACACGAGUGAUCCUCUCAAGACUGACAAUGAAACCAAAAUGGAGGAUUUAUCGAUGGCAACGACGAGUCAAGAUAACGUCACUUCAACCUCGAACGAUUUAACCGUUCUAAAAAAAUCCCCAAAGAAGGGCAAAAGGAAACAAAGACGGAUUCAAUCCGAGUCAACCCCAAAGAAGAAACUCGGCAAGAAAGGUAGUAAGACUGCCCUGAAACCGACCAAAACGAAGAAAAACUUGAAAAUUGAAGCAAUGAAAGACGUGUACGCCUACGAUUCGGGUAGUAAUGCUAGUUCGAGUAAAUCGCGGGGUCCUUUUAUCCAAAUCCGUGGACCUCGUGAUUCGCCUCUUUCAGUGAGUGUGAUCAACACGCCGACGAACGAUGACGAUUCCGACCGAAAACCGCACAAAACGAAGAAAUUUCACGACGAUAGCGAAUACAGACACAAGGUGCGUUCCAAAGGACUCCAUUGUAGCACUUUGAGCAACCAAUACGACGCCCAGACCAAAGACACCUCCUGGAUUUGCGCGUUUUGCAAACGGGGACCUCAUGCGACUGAAACUUCUGGUCCAACGCUCAACACAUCGAUUCCGGCCCCCGGGGACCUCUUCGGGCCGUAUUUCAUCUCGGGGAAUUGUCCCGAGUUCGAGCGUCGGCUGGACGACCCCUUCGACAAGCAGUUUAAGAGUAAGAAGAUUGCGAGGACGCUGGAUGGAAGUGUGAAGGUGAAGAAAAAGCGGAAGCACUCGAUGGAGGAGGAGGCGUUUUUGGGGAUCACUGAGACGGGGAACGGGUACGAGGUGUGGGCGCACGAGGACUGCAUCGUGUGGUCGGAGGGGGUGUACCUCGUGGGGCCGAAAAUCGUUGGCUUAGAGGAGGCGGUGUGGACGAGUUGUAACGUGGCGUGCGGGAAGUGCCAUCUCAAGGGGGCGAACAUUUGCUGUUUGAAGAGGGGGUGUGUAAGGGUGGCACAUGUGUGCUGUGCGAGGUUAACGGAGUGGGAGUUUGACGAGGAGAAUUAUAAGACUUUUUGUCCCGAACACAGGGUUGUGUGAUUUUUUUAUGGGUUUGUCGUGAUUUUAUUUAUGUUGCUAUUUUGUAAAUGGGUCUACCAUGAGAGUAUAAUGUAAGAUAUUCUUUCCAGUAUUGUGUUUUUUUUAUUUGACUUUUUACUAUUAAGUUAUUGAACGUAAUUACAAAAUAGCAAUGAGGAUUAUUUAAUUCGAUCUGUGUAAAGAUGGAUGUUCCAUAUAGAAAGGUUUGAUUUGAUGAAUUACGUUUAGUGAAUAGUUGUUUAUAGAACAAUAGUAUCAAAGAUGAAAAAAAAUGUAAAAAAUGUCUUAAAAUACGCUUAUUUUUUGUAUAAAAUGGAAAAUUUAAAAAAAUACUCUCAUUUUUAAAUGUUUACCUUGUAUCAUGUUAAUGAUAAUCGUAGUAAUUAUAUACCGAAAAUGUGUACAUUGUGUAUAUAGCAAAAUUUAUGUUUUUGGGCAAAAAGUAUUUAAUAAAUUUAAUUAAAACU